CCGCUUGGGUCAUUAUAGAGUAAACCAACGUGUUCAUUUCACUGGGCUGGGCUCUCUAGCAGGUGGAUUGCUGCCUGCCUUAUUAGAGAAGCCCUUACAGGUGUGGAAAGAAAGGGCCUGCUACUGCCUGGACUUCUAGGAGCUUUCUCUCCGUUGGGAAGGAUUUUGAUGUGAAUCAGAAAUAUCCCCAGAAGAUUCAGAAAGUUUUAGAGUGAAGUAAGCUGUGAAGGACCAGCAUGGGCAUCCUAUACUCUGAGCCCAUCUGCCAGGUGGCCUAUCAGAAUGACCUCCGCGAAGUGUGGCGGUGGGUGAGGAAAGAUAACAACUACGUCAACAUUCAAGAUGGCUUUAAUGGAGACACCCCCCUGAUCUGUGCCUGCAGACGAGGGCACCUGAGAAUCGUUUCCUUCCUUUUAAGAAGAAAUGCUAAUGUGAACCUCAAAAACCAGAAGGAGAGAACCUGCUUGCAUUAUGCUGUGAAGAAAAGAUUUACCUUCUUUGAUUAUCUACUUAUUAUCCUCUUAAUGCCGGUUCUGCUAAUUGGGUAUUUCCUCAUGGUCUCAAAGACGAAGCAGAACGAGGCUCUCGUACGAAUGCUCCUUGAUGCUGGCGUCGACGUUAAUGCUACAGACUGUUAUGGCUGCACUGCACUACAUUACGCCUGCAAAAUGAAAAACCAGACUGUCAUCCCGCUGCUUCUUGAAGCCCAUGCAGACCCCAUGAUAGAGAAUAAGCAUGGUGAGAGUUCACUGGAUAUUGCACGAAGAUUAAAAUUUCCCCAGAUUGAAUUAAUGCUAAGGAAAGCAUCAUAAUCCUUGUGGCCUCACAGAUGGAGAAGUAGACAAAGUUAAAGGACUUGAAUUCUAUGUCCACCCUGGACUGUUGGACUGUGGGCCAUUCAAGCUGAUGCCACCCUUUUAUGGAGAUAAUGAUGUUUGCCUUGGUUAAUAUUUUUGCAGAGUUUUGAAUUUAUAAUGGUUUUUGCUCUGAGGAGUUCACUAAGGCCAUAAUUACUCUAACUGAGUCUCUACUUUGGCCUAAAGAUACGGUGUUUCAAACUCAGAGUCUGCUACAGGAAAGGAUCAGAGUUAUCUGGGAUAGUGUUCUCUUCCCAGCUGUUUCACUCUUAUAAAGAGGCUGACCUGCCUACUUGAGUCCCUAGGAGACAAACUCUUCCUUUAGUUGCACCUUUCAGUAUUAAGAGGAAGAAUCAAAGUAUGUAUGUUUUUAUAGCAUGGUGUAUGUGUGUGGGUUUAGAAGUUCACAUGUAAAUAUUGCUUUGGGGAGACAACCUCAACAAAGAUGUCAGUGGUCAGUGGUGAGAGUGUUUAUCAUACGGAAAUUGGCAAAAGCCACAAGGCAGGGCCCCCCCCCGCCACCAUGCCUGAAUUUACCAGCCACCACUAGGCAUUUUCCUAUCAGUUUACAAGUAAAAGCCAUCUUGGUUUUGAACAUGAUAGUAUAACUGUCAAACUGUUCAAAAAGAUCUUUAUGAUUAUCUUGAGAAUGCAAGGCAGCUCCUAGACUUACUUGUUAAUCUUGUUUAUUUUCAUUGAUAACAUUUAAAAAUAUUGUAAGUUAUUUGGGUAAAGGGCUUCUUUGGAAUAUAAUUCUAAGUGAGAGACUGUAAAUAUCAAAAUAUCUGUCUCACCUCCUUUGUGAAUUAGAGUAGAAAUAAAUGCAUUUUAAAAAACAUCACUGAAUUUUGCAAAUGAAGACUGAAGGGCCCAUAGCUAUAGGCGCAGACUCAGCCACACUAUAUGUGAUCACAAAUACAUUCUAAAUAUGGAAAAUUCAGCACCCUCGAACAAAACAAAGGUCUAAUAAAAAUCAUUCCCAGGAAUAUUUAUUCAACUAUGAUCAUGCCCUUAAGGCACAUGUUUUGUGAGAGAAGGAAUGUGUAGAAAUGGAUUCCGAAGCCCUUAAUGACUCAAUAAAUUAUUUAAGGUCCAGUAAAACUGACCUGAGUUACUGGGUGACUUCGGGGGAGGAAAAAACAGGUGAACUGCAUGCAGCAGUAUUCUUCAACAGUAUCCAUGCCAUACAAACCAGCAUACCUUUGACUUGGUUGCAGAGUAGAUUCUGCAAAAUUGUGCUAUUACUCAUGUAAUUUACAGCUGUCAUCUUUGAAACUGUGUGAGCAUUUGAACAAUUUUUCUAAGGGAAUAAAUCUAGAUUUGUGAACGAA